CGUAAUAAAUUUCGGAAAAUUACAGAAUCAAUUUUACUCGUAAACACAAUAAAAUAAGUGAAAGUGUCUGGCUCAGCCGUGCACUGUUAGUGACAGUAUUAUCUCAUCAUUUGCAAUCACUUUCAUUUGCUACACAAUCUGCAUCUUCUAAAAAGUCAUAACCGAAUUCAUGAUUGUGUUUGUGAAGUGUGUUUUUUCCUGACAGAAAGCAACUUCAGUGAACAGAAUGACUAUACCAACGCAUGCUGUUUAGAAGUUAUGUGAGCUGGCUGGCAGGAAAUCAGGAAUUGUUUUUCACAUCUGUAUGCGGUUUCUGAAGUUCUUCACAAAAUGACGUCGGAUAAUGGUAGCAAAGAACUCUUUAAGCGACAGAAUUAUGGUCGGCAGUCUUUGGAUGGCUCAAAAAUGAGUAUGGAGCAGAGAAGGCAAAUUUGCCGCCUACGGAAAUCAGAAAUUGCCUCCAAGUCAGAGGAAAACUUAACAGAUAGCAAUCAUAUAAUAAACCAGACAAAUGAAAAUAUCAUCAAAUGCUCUCAAUUCAGGAAUAGUUUUGAAAACAUUGAUAAUAUGAAAAGAUUCGUGCCUCAGUCUUGUGACACUUCCUCUCACACCAAAAGUGAUUCUUGCGAUAAUAUGAAUAGGGAGCGAACAUGUGUAAAGGCUGUGUCUUACCCUGGACCCCCUCCAGCGGUGGAUCAACAUUCAGAAGUAGCGAACUAUCAUUCUUACAUUCCUGUGUCUGUUGACAUUACUACUGAACGAUCAGCUCCUAAUAUCCAAAAGACUGCUUUAACAAUGGAACCAGUUACUCCUGGCCAUCACUUACAUCCUAACAAAGCUCUUCGCCCUUUUACUUCUGUUAACUUCAUAUUAAGACCACCCAGCUCUGAGCCACAAUCACCUAUCGAUAUUGUCAUGCACGGCUCUAGUAUUACAUAUUCAACGUUUUCAAAUGAUCCCAAACUUGGCUAUGAGUCUCAAUUGGAAAUAAAUUUUAGACCAGCAGGACCAACAUCACAAGUAGCUUCUCGUUUAAAAUCCUUAUCUUUGUCAAAUGAAAAUGCCAAUCCAUCAACACAACUUGUCAUCAGUGAACAAAUCAAACGGAAACAGAUGUUGGAAGAAGUUUUAGAAUCAGAAGUGGAGCGAUUGCAAAAUCUUGAAGAAGAGAUAAAUAGACUGAAAAAGUACCUGUUUUUAAGGCAGUCCAUCCCAAAGAAGCUGGUCCAGGUGAAAGAAGAUAUAAUUUUUCUCAGGGGCGAAUGUGCAAAGUGGACUUCUCAAGUAGAUUUAGCAUCUAAUGAACAAGUUCCUCUAGGAGAGACAAACGAAGAUUAUUACAAGGAAAUCUAUCAUGAAUCGGAUUCAUCUCUAGUCUGGAGGAACCAAAAUGUAUCAGCUCAGUCACACAACUCGGAAGAAGUUGGAUGGCAAUGCAAUAUGUGCACUUUCAUAAACUACCCUGCAUUGCCAAAAUGCGAGCAAUGUGAAAUGCCACGCUUGGAUUUUGAGUCCAGUAUUAUUGCUUCAUCAAGCACCCACCCCCAUCAAUCUCACACUCCAGUUAUGAAAUCCAAUGUCAUAUCCUCAAAAUGUUUUCUUUAAGGUAAAAUUUUAACUUAAGUACCUUCAGUUUAUGGCCAGCAGCAGUACAAGUAGUGUUUUCAAGUUGAAUUGCAGCCUUCAUUUAUGAAAACCAUCGCUUCCCUUUUUGUACGUGGGAUUUCACAGGGAUUUUGAUCCAAAUGGAAUGCCUGAUUCAUUACAGGUGAUUUCAAGUGAUUUAGGGACAAGAUCCACCAAUAUGUUGCGCUGCUACACGGCCUGUGUUUUUGAGAAGCAAUAAGUAUCGUAAUGCACAAAUUAAUGGUUGAUAAUUUGAAGCAGCAUCAAUACUGAGUAGUAUUACAUCGAAUUUGUGAGGAUUCAUUGAAUAUUCGUUUUGAAAACCAGUGUAACUCAAGAUUCAAUAUGUAAGAGAGAGAUAUCAUUAUAAUGUCUCUCUCUUACUCAUUAAGCUCAUUAAUGACAUCCGUCAUGGCAGGUUUCGAUAUAAAUUUUCAGUAAAUCCUCACAAAUUUGAUGUCAUGUUACUCAGUAUUAGUGCUGCUACACGUUAUGGAUCAAGUUAUUUCAGUAACUUAUUCAUUGCCAUAAUCAUUGCUACUCAAAGACACUAAUCGUGUAGCAGUUCAACGUAGAGGCGGUUUUUGUCUCUAAAUAAUCUUAAUCCUCGAAAAUAGUUCAUGGGAUAGCAGAUGUUUUAUUAGACAUUGAAAGAUUGUGAAUGUUCGAUAAUAGUUUUAAUUCAGACGAUGACUCUACGAUAAUGUGAGAUCUCAUUUUUGGGACGUUUGCAUUCAUGUAAUGUUCAGAAUUUUGUAUUGACUUUUGAUUGAGCCAUUGAACCCAGAGCUAUAACUCCUGAAAUUCCAUCCCUCCAGGUAGUGUGCUUUUGCUGAUUCACCGAAUAGUAAAAUGCAUCUGAUCGCCCCUGUAAAAGAAUCCACAGCUAGCCAAAAAGAGCAGCUGGUAAUUUGAAAACUUAUUUUACCUCUGACCUAAAAGUUAACUCUUUUUAAAAUUUAAAAAAAAAUAACUUUACAGUAGAACAUUAAGGUGACAAGUUCUUAAAACGUAAGAAAAUAAUGGUAGAUUUGCAGGAACAUUUCGACAUUGCUUUAAAAUGGCAAGGUUGUAGGAAAAGUUUUGGAUAGAGAAGGUGCUUCGCAUGAAAAUCGUGAACAUUUUUGAGCAACAGUAGAAGUAAGACUGUCACAGGAGGAAGAUUAAAGAGUUUUCAAAAUGAGGAGCCACAAAAUGUUCUCCUUUCUGAAUAAAUGGCUGUGAAAUUAUGCAAUUUGAUUGCCUUGCAAAGGUGAAGGUAGUUGCUUUAACUGCACCGAAGAGUUCAAUAGACUUUGUCACAAAUCUUUGAAAACUUGUCACCUCGAUUUUAGAAAAUCUGACCUUUUUUCUGUAUAAUUCAGACCCUUCUACAAAUAAAAAGAGUUAAAUACAUAUCGAUGAAAAAGUUUGUGAGUAGAAAAAUGAAGACAUGGAUGGAUGUUACACUAAAUGUUUAGUGAAGAAACCCUGGCGAUUAAAAUGUUCUUUGGAAAACUUCACAAUUUCGUGAGAUACACUUCUUAAUUGCAAUAUUUCUCUUUUUAGAGGCUUGGCACCUGUUAUAUUUAACAUCAAUAAUAUUGUUUUAUGUGUUGUUUUGUACUUAUUCAAAUGUAUACAUAUCUUAUCUACCAUUUGUUGGAAAUCUCAUGUUAGAAUGUUGAAAAAUCUCUUGUAUGCCUUUAUUAUUUCAAGUAAAAGAAUUUUAUCAAAUAA